AUGUCAUAUGAACGUUGGAUGAAUUACAUUCGAAAUGCAGAAAAAACAUUAUUUUGUUCAGGGAAAAUUCGAAAAUUCCACUACAAAUUCAACGAUGAUAAAGAAAUGAUAGAAGAAUAUAAUAUAGAGACAGGUAUUUUGAUGCGACGUGCAUGGAAGAAGAAACAAAAUAUUAUGGGACUGCACACGGAAUUCAAUGAGUUGAAUGGAUCUUUUUUUGACUGGGACAUUGAGCUAGGUGAAAUAAUUCGACCCACGUUUGAUUCGAAUUUCCUUGUAAAGGAAACAGAUAUAAUGCCGAUUCUAACAAAGAGAAUAACACGGCAUAAUAUUGAAUGGCGAAUACGAAACCUAUCGUAUCCCAUAGAAACUUAUUUGAUUAAAGUUGACAAUGCUAAGCGGUCCAUAGUAAUUCGCACCACGAAUAAGAAAUACUUCAAGGAGAUUCACGUUCCUGAGCUGAGUCGUUGUAAUCUUCUACCACAACUAGAUGCAAUGUCAAUAAUACAUCAACAUAACACUUUAAUCAUUACUGUAUUAUGAAAAACCAAUUAUGGUUCGUCAGAUGGAACAGGAAACUUUGCAAAUGUUAAAUGACCUCGGAACCGGAGAAAAAACUAAAGAAGGCUAACCAGCAAUUUUUCGAGAGAAAAGAUGUUUAUGUGUUAUCUUACGCCUUAACAAUUUAAUUCUAUAAUUUUCAUAGUGAAUAAAACGUCCGAAUAAAUGUUA